AUGCAACCAUCACAAAAAACCUUUUCAAGACCUACAAGUUUGUAUGGUUCUACUUCUCAACCAUUGCAAACACCACAACAACAAACUCAAUCACAACAAUUAUCACAAGUGCCUCAACUACAACAGGCUCCACAAGUGCCUCAACUACCAAUAUAUGCUCCAUUAAAUUAUGGCCUUAAUCAAUCUCAAUCACCUCAAAAACCACAACUUCAACAACAGCAAUUACAACAACUACAUUUACAGCAGCAGCAGCAGCAACAAUUGCAACAGCAGCAGCAGCAGCUACAACAACAGCAAUUAAAACAACAACAGCUACAACAGCAGCAGCUACAACAACAACAAUUACAACAGCAACAAUUGCAACUACAACAAUUACAACAGCAACAGCUGCAACAACAAAAAUUACAACAGUUGCAACAAAUCACAAAACAAGCUAAUAUAAUAAGUUUGCCACACUAUCCUACACCAUCUGUUAUACUUCCUCAACAACAUCAAACAAAUAUUUUGCAACCUCAAGGAUUUAAUCAACCUUUGCAAAACUCAAAUAUACAACAGCAGCAACAAAAUUAUUAUCAAACUACAUCUAUUCCAUCUCCACAA